AAGAAGAAUCGAAGAAGAAGAUAAAUUGGGGUUUAGGAUUCCCUCAGCAAAACAAUGGAAUCCUCCGCAGAGGUAUUGACUUUUGGGGCAUCUCUACUGGUACCUAGCGUUCAAGAGUUGGCAAAAGAGCCCCUGAUCACAGUUCCCCCACGCUAUGCACAUCCAGAUCAAGAUCCACCGAUAAUUACAGACACCGCUUCACUUCCGGUUGUGCCCGUCUUGGACAUUCAACUCUUGAUUUCUGAAGAACCAACCAAAGACUUGGAAUUAAAGAGGCUCGAUUAUGCUUGCAGAGAAUGGGGUUUCUUCCAGAUUGUAAACCAUGGGAUUAGUAAUUCUUUGAUUGAGAAAAUAAAGUCUGAGGUUCAAGAUUUCUUCCAACUUCCUUCAGAAGAAAAGAAGAAGCUUUGGCAGAAGCCAGAUGACCAUGAGGGAUUUGGGCAGCUCUUCGUUGUAUCCGGGGAACAAAAGCUUGAUUGGUGUGACAUGUUCUAUAUUACUACCCUCCCAACCAAUCUAAGGAAACAAUACUUAUUUGGAAAGCUUCCUCAUCCUCUUAGAGACACUCUAGAGACUUAUUCUUCAGAAUUAAGCAAGCUUGCCAUGAUCAUCUUAGAUCAAAUGGCUAGAGCUCUAAAGAUGGAUGCUGGAGAGAUGAGAGAACUGUUCAAUGAUGGGGUGCAAUCAAUGAGAUUGAAUUACUAUCCUCCAUGUCCACAGCCAGAUCUGGCCAUAGGCUUCACUCCUCACUCUGAUGCGGAUGCUCUGACAAUCCUCCUUCAACUGAAUGACACAGAAGGCUUGCAGAUCAGGAAAGAAGGGAAAUGGGUUCCUGUUAAACCAAUCCCAAAUGCUUUUGUAGUCAACGUUGGGGACAUAAUGGAGAUAAUGAGCAAUGGUGUCUACCGCAGCAUUGAGCAUAGGGCAACAGUAAACUCGUGGAAAGAGAGGUUAUCGAUUGCAACAUUCUACAGCACUAAACUAGAUGCAGAGUUGGGCCCUGCCCCAAGCUUAAUUGGUGCAAAUAACCCUGCAAUGUUCAGGAGGGUUCCAGUGGAGAAGUACUUCAAGGAGUUCUUUGCUCUGAAACUCAGUGGCAAGUCCUACCUUGAUUUCAUGAGGAUACAAAAUGGUGAAAAAAGUCAUUGAUCACUGUUGGUCUACUGU